GGGGGCUGGGGCUGGGUCCCAAGCGGGAGUCAGUCACCCGGCAGCGCCCAGGGCGAGCGGGGGCCUUGGCAGAGCUGUGGAGAGAGGCGGGGUCCUGCCGGCGGGGCCUGGGCGGAUGAGGUCACUCUUUGUGGUGGCUGCCGUUGGCAAGAUGGCGCCCGUGCUGGCGGAGAAGAAGCUCCUGGGGCCGGACGGGCCCGCGGCUGCCGAGUUCCCCAGCGAGGAGGAGGAAGGCCAGAGCCUCUGGCUCUCAAUACUGAGUGAAGUUUCCACCAGGUCCCGGUCAAAGUUACCUUCAGGCAAAAAUAUCCUUGUCUUUGGUGAUGAUGGCUCAGGCAAAACAACACUAAUGACUAAAAUACAAGGAGCAGAGCAUGGCAAGAAAGGAAGAGGCCUGGAAUACCUGUACCUAAACAUCCAUGACGAAGACAGAGAUGAUCAGACCCGCUGUAAUGUCUGGAUUCUUGACGGGGACUUGUACCAUAAAGGCCUCUUGAAAUUUGCUGUUUCAGCAGAAUUGUUGCAAGAGACGCUUGUAAUCUUUGUGGCGGAUAUGUCUAGACCGUGGACUGUUGUAGAAUCUUUACAAAAAUGGGCAAGUGUCUUGCGUGAACACAUUGAUAAGCUGAAAAUCCCCCCUGAAGAGAUGAGAGACAUGGAGCAACAAUUCGUGAAGGCUUUUCAAGAAUAUGUGGAGCCUGAAGAAGGCUAUCAGGGAUCACCACAAAGAAGAGGUCCUACGGGCCAAGAUGAUGAAAAUGUUACUUUACCACUUGGAGACAAUGUGCUAACUCACAACCUUGGAAUCCCUGUGAUAGUAGUUUGUACAAAGUGUGACACAAUGAGCAUCCUAGAAAAGGAGCACGACUACAGGGAGGAGCACUUUGACUUCAUUCAGUCGCACAUCCGCAGAUUCUGCUUACAAUAUGGAGCAGCGUUGAUUUAUACAUCGGUUAAGGAGGAAAAGAACCUUGACUUGUUGUAUAAGUACAUUGUACAUAAAACGUACGGCUUUCACUUUACCACACCUGCCUUAGUGGUAGAAAAGGAUGCAGUUUUUAUACCUGCCGGUUGGGACAACGAAAAGAAAAUUGCAAUUCUCCAUGAAAACUUUGCGACAGUAAAACCUGAAGAUGCGUAUGAAGACUUCAUUGUAAAGCCACCUGUAAGAAAGUUAGUUCAUGAUAAAGAGCUCGCAGCAGAAGAUGAACAAGUGUUUCUUACGAAGCAGCAGUCUUACCUUGCCAAGCAGCCAGCCACACCGACAAGAGCUUCUGAAUCUCCUGCAAGGGGGCCUUCUGGAUCGCCAAGACCGCAGGGUAGACCAGGUCCUGCGAAUGUUCCCAGUGCCUCGCCAAUAGCAUCCGUUAAGAAACCCGAUCCAACUAUUAAAAAUAAUGCAGCAAGUGAAGGCGUGCUGGCCAGCUUCUUCAACAGUCUACUGAGUAAAAAGACUGGCUCUCCUGGGAGUCCUGGUGCUGCGGGAGGAGUGCAGAGUACAGCCAAAAAAUCAGGGCAAAAAACUGUUUUGACGAAUGUUCAAGAAGAACUGGAUAGAAUGACUCGCAAGCCAGACUCUAUGGUAACAGCAAACUCCUCUCCAACAGAGAAUGAAGCUUGAUAAUGCUUAAAACACGCAUAUGUAAAUGACCAAAUAACUAUGUACAUUGAUAAGACCAGGAGCUCUCUGCUGUGGCAGAUCCUAUAAAUUUUCUUGGGGCAGGGGGAAAUGAAAUUUAACCUUCAUUGGCUUGUCCCAGUAUCAAGUGCACAUUCGGGAAUUUUUGCAUAUAAAAUUCCUCUGUUUUAAGAUAACCAUUUUAGAGUUUAAAUAGGGCAAUUAUCUUGAUUGGGGUGGCAAACAAGAUGCAGCUGCAGUUCUUAGGAAGAGCACAGAGAAACAAGAUGAGGAAUUUCUGUUGGAAAGUCACUAGCGGCUGCUGGCACUAAGGAAGAAAUGAAGCCCCUUUUCCAAGUUUACUGAAGCUGGCCAUUCAAAACAUACUUGUGCUUGGAAAGAAUCUGGUGUAACGGGAUGUUGGUUAGAUGAAGAAUGCUAAAAGCUGCAUUAAACAGGGAAAAGCAAGAAGCAGCUCAGUAGAGGAGAAAAGCAUGUUGGACAGACUGGAGACAAGCAGUGUUAAUAAACCUGUGUUGAACAUAGAUCAGAUAAUCACUGUUUAAAAACAAAAGCCUUUUCAGUUGGAGAGUGCUCAGAACGUAAGCUGAGCAUCAUGGGAAUUUUUCUUGUUAUACAUUGCUCUUUUUUAUUAUUUUAACAUGGAGAUGCAUCAAAUGUGGUGGAUGCCCUUUUUGUCAUAGCUGACACAGGGAGAAAUUUGCUUAGACCAAGUGCCUGGCACAGCGAGAGAUGUGUCCUUAGAAGGUGCUUGAACCUCUUGUGCACUGUAGUACAAACAGUCUCUGUUUGACUUUAUUUUAAAACUCAGUAACUUUUGACAGUUGUGUUGAAUUUUGAAUCCUGUUUUCUGAUAGCUUCUGCCUUGGAUCCUGUUCCCCCCCCCCACCACCACCACCAAAUACCAACCUUCUGGCCUGUUGAGAGUAAUGAGUGACACAUACCACUUUCCCAUAAUGAAAGUGUUGCAAAAUACUAAUCCUCCUUUUUAAAAAUUGUAGUUCAGAGUUAACUGCAAAACUAAAAACUGAAUUCUGCCUUAAGGUUUUAAAAAAACCUGUGAUGGUUUUCUGGUAGACUUCCAAGAAUCUUACUCUGAAUCACAGACCGCUGUAGAGUUUUGUAGGUUUACACGGAUAAAUGUACCGUAGAACUUCUUAAUGGCUCCAUUGCACCUGUGUCUUACCCUCUGUAGCCUUUUCAACCGGGAAAGAAGGCUUUAUUUAUGGUUGUCCCUCAUUGCUUUUUGGAUUUAGUACCCAUGGCUACUUCGAACUACAGUUCUAUGAAAGACUCCCACAGUUACUGAAAUGGCACUUUUGAGUUUCUGUACGGUCUGUUGGACAGAGAACACUAUGUUAUAGCACCAAACAUGUUUGUAUUCAACACACAGAAGGGAAAAGAACCACCGUAAUGAAUUAUGCAGAGUUUACUUUUAUUGAUAUGGAGUUGUGUGUGGUGCUAAAUCUUGUUUCUGAAUAGAACACCCCUAAUAUUUAUAUAUAUCUAUAUAUAUAUUGUGAGAUAUACAGAAUGAAUUGACCACUAACACAGUACUGGAUGUAAUUGCAAGGCCUAUGUUGCAUAAAGAGGCUGUCUCUCAUUGUUUUUGUAAGUUUGUCUAACAUUAUCUAGAAAGCGAAGAGUAUUUACUUGCAUUAACAUAAAAGCAUGUUUACUUGUGCCAGUUUUGUGUCUCUUCCAUAUUUUUUUAAAAAACAUUUUUAUGAGUUUCAGAACCUUGGUUACAUCCACAGUUGCCUAGAUUUUAAGUGGAACGGUUUUGGCUGGAGGACCUGGUGUGUGGUUCUUCUGCCUAUGAGAAUCUGGCAGACAAUUUGCCAGAUGCAGGUUUUGAAAACCAAACCAAACCUGGAGCCUUGUAGCCACCCCAGCAGCUGUGAGUUACAUCCUGUCCUUGUGGCCUUGAGCUUUCAUGUACUGCAAUGCAGUGGCAGAGUUUAGUGCCAUGUAUGCACACCUACUGAGCUGGCCUCUUGAGAUGGUAACUUCAUGCUGGGUUCUAGCUGAGGGAACUUCACCUCUUAUCACUACUACCACCACCACCACCACCACUGUGCCACGUUGGUUGACUGCACAUAGCCUAGAAUCAGCCUUAUGAUGAGCUGACAAGUCUAGAGCUGAUUUUGGCCAUGUGGAGAUUUCAUUUGGCUUUAGGGAAUGAAAUCUUGGAAGCAACGAAAGCAAGUUAGAUGAGCAAGCUUUUCAUGAUACAAUGUGGCUCCAGUGCACAACCGCCUGUUUCUAUUAACAUUCUUGUCAUACAUGCUGAUACUCUCUAGCAUUGUGUACCAAUAUUGUGUACAAGUGGCUAGGCUACUGAAGUUUUUUUUUUCCUUUUUCAUAAAAUGAAAGUUAGAUCUGUUGGAAAUGAGCAAAAGCCAACCAUGUACCACUUGCCUAUUGUGCAAAAGGAUGUUUGGAUCCAAUAGACUUGAAAUCUACCCCUCCCACCCCAAAUUUCUCUUUGCAAGUGAAUGCUCCUAGUUCUCAAAGGAAGAAAAAAACCUGUAAGUCAUGUCAUGUAUGGUUGCCAAAGCCUAGCAACUUUGGAAAGCUGCACAGUUGUCUUUUUCUGGUGUUCUUGAGCAUUGGAACCAAAGGCCAAAUUGCAAACAGCCUUUAUGUUUUUAAAAAUACAAUUAAUUUUAUUUUUAGGACACUUGUCUGGUAGACUGUUAAAAUUAUUACAUGGCUAUAUUUAUAAUACAGUUUAGUGAUUGCAUCUACUGUUCAUGUUUAAACUAAAGUAAUAACCGAUUCAACUUGAAAAGAUGGCAAAUAUAAAAGGUUAAGGAUUGGCCCUCCAUCAAAAUGCUAUGGUUAUGCUGCUUGAGUCUUUUUUAAGUUUGCACUUUUUAUUGGCAUUUUAAAACUUGUUUAAACUGAACAGAACUUGUAUUUAAUUUAAUUUAACUACAUUGAAAGUGACUGAACUUAAUCAUAUCCAUGCUGUAAAUGAAAGUUCACUCUCCUGUAUUACUAAGUUUAUUGAUGUUUUUAACUUCCAAUGGGACUGCAGAUGUAUCCAACACCAACCUUUUAGUCCAGUUGUAUGGCUUUAACCAGGUGCAGUCAUGUGGAAUCUUGCUUUCUAGUACUGGCAAAAAUGAGGACAUGUCUUUAAUUAAUGGCUUCAAUAAACACAAACCAAGACUG